CUCACGGUUCCAUUCUCUUCCAAACGAAAACGAGAAGAUCCUUCUGAAACCCUCUCUAAACGCACCGUUUUACUCCCAAACCAAAAUUACAAAAAGGCCCCUCCGAAAUCUUCUUCUUCAUCUUCUUUUUCAUCCAUGGCUGAAUUGUCGAAGAAGAAUAAUAUGUCCUCAAGCCCCAGCGGAGAAAGCGCAGGCGAGAACCAGAAGAACGUGCUGCAGAAACACGUGGCGUUCUUUGAUAGGAACAAAGACGGCGUCGUUUAUCCAUGGGAAACGUUCAAAGGGUUUCGAGCAAUUGGGGCAAAUUUGCUUUUGUCCACUCUUAGUGCUGUUUUUAUUAACGUUGGACUCAGCUCAAAAACCCGACCGGGGAAGUUUCCUAAUUUUCUGUUCCCAAUUGAGAUAAAGAACAUUCAACUUUCCAAACAUGGAAGUGAUUCUGGUGUAUAUGAUUCUGAAGGAAGAUUUGUUAGUGAGAAAUUUGAAGAAAUAUUCAAGAAGCAUGCCCUAAGCAACCCAGAUGCCUUAACACAAGAAGAACUUAAAGCCCUUCUCAAGUCAAAUAGAGAGCCUAAAGACUACAAAGGAUGGGUUGCUGCAUGGACAGAAUGGACAACUCUAUACAGUCUUUGCAAAGAUGAGAAUGGUUUACUUAAAAAGGAAACUGUGAAGGCUGUUUAUGAUGGAAGCUUAUUUGAACAUAUGGAGAAAGAAACGGCAUCAAAAAAGAAGAAAUGAAACUAAGGGGUGUUUGCUAGAUUUUCAUUGUUAACUAAUUUCUCAUUUUAAUUAAAUUUAUAAUAUCAUGAUAUUUUAUCCUUUUAGUUUAAUAAAAUGUGUAAUCAUAUAAAGAUAUAAUAAAAUUGUUUGGUAAGUUGUGAGUUUGUAAUCAUCAAA